CAUUAGUUUAGUUUAGUCAUACACGAGUGUGGUUAGCGAUCGGUUGUCUUUGUUGGACUUACAAACGGUUGUAAAUGUACGUGUUGUGACUUCCGUUAAAUUACUCUAUUUUUUACGCAUUAUUUAUUAAUAGUGAUCAAAUUUUAUUCAUAACAUAUUUAUUUAUUUAUCACGUCAUAGAAUAUUCCUAUUAUAUCGUAGGAUAUUUAAAAAUUGCAAUAGUAAAAUAGAAGUACUUUUCUUAAUGUUUAUUUAAAUAUUAUUUACAAAAUAUCAACACAUCGGCUGUUCAAAAUUAUGAAAAUUGUUUAUUACGGCUUCUGGUGCUUAUUUUCAUUAUACACUUGUUAACUCAUUAGUUAAUUUUCUAUAUAAAUGCAACUUAUGUCUGUUUCUGUGCUGUAAUUAAGUAUAGUUAAUUGUUAUAAAAUGUUGUCGAUUAAGUCUAUUAUCAUAGCUUUGUCAUGUAUAUCAUUGACCAACGGAUUUGACUUGGAUAUGGCGGAUGAUGCGUUUUCGCUUACAGCUAAGGUAUUUGAAUAUGUUACUAAAACUUGGGAAAUAGCUGACAAAGUUGAAGAUCGAGUUGGUGAUGACAAAGCACCUGUUGUGUGGUUCACUAAGAAAAAAGAACGUAUGAUUCUACAUAAUUUUGGAGUUAUCACUGAACUAUUACAAUCUUCACAGAAAGAUACAGCAGACAUCAGGUUUAUGAUGUUAAGUAGUCUUAAGAAAUUGCAAAACAUGCCUAAUGUAGUUCUAAAUGGAAUUCAAGUAAAUGAACUGUUAGAAUCUGUUAGAUCACUAGAAAAUGAUUAUAAAACCAUGGAAGAGUAUAGAUCUGGUGACAAAGGUUCUAAUGAGAACAAAGUAAAUCCAUCAUAUGCAUCUUAUACAUUAGAAAAGUUUGCUGAUGCCAUGCUAGAAUAUUCACCUGGAUCUCCUCACAAGCAGCUAUCAAAAAUUCAUACAUUUAUUGUUCCACAGUGGGAAGGUUUCAAUUUUCAUACUUAUGGAGGCAUUUUCAAUAUAUUGCAUGAGACCUUGGAAAACAGUGAUAUGCUUUGUGAUAGAAAACAGUCUUUACAACAGCUUAUAUUUAAUUUAUAUAUGACAUUACAUUUAACUCAGUUAAAAGGAUUUUCUGUAAUGCAGUUUUCAUGGAUGCUAUUACAAACAUAUGGCAAAGGUAACUUUACAUUUGAACGUAAAAAGCAAAAAGAUCAAUUUGAAGAUAGAAUUAAAAUGCAAUUGAAUAUUUUGAAGAAAUCUAUGUCAUCUGCUAACAACAUGUAUUGGAGAUGUGAUCCACCUCAACACAAAUUAGGUGAAACAUAUUUAGAAGUCACUCAAUUAUUGCAGGGAUAUAUUGAAAAUGAAGUUGAUAUGAAUACAGAUCAAAAUUGUUUUCAAAACUGUGCUUAUUAUGAUGUAGCUGAGCAUAAAUCUUGUUUUAAAGAUCAGUUUUGUUCAAAGCAACAUUCCUGUAAUGGACGCAUUCUUAACUGUCAAUAUUUUGAUUCUGAUAUGAGAAUAUGUCAAGCACCAUUUGGAAGUAACAGACGAUAUGAUUACAUUGAAUAUGAAAAUGGAAGAGUGUUGGGUGAUAAAUCUGGUGGUUGUAAAGGCGCUUCAAGCAAAGUUGAUAGUUGGUGGAGGUAUUUAGUUUACCAUUGUUCCUAUUGUUUUUGUAUCUGUGAUUCUUCUGAGCGUUCUUCUGACCGAUAUUUUAGUCUACAUCCAUCACUUUCUGAUAUUUCUAAGAACAAGGUAGUAACUGGUCUUAGAUUUCAUAAGAUUAAGCAGAUGUUCCAUUUACAAGUAGAAGAAGGUAUUAUUGGUCCUCAUGGUUCUAUAAAUGAAUCUUCAAGACAAUGGGUUGAUUUACCAGGUCCUGAAUUUACAUAUCAAAACAAAACUCUUUUGGAAGGUGUUGACUAUCAUGCUUUAUCUUACACUUCACGCUCUAUUGAUCUUGAUAAUGUAAUGGCUCCUCAAAAUAUGGUCGUAACUGGUGUGAAGUUUAGAAUGAUAGGAUCACAUUUAAAUAUUGAAGUUCGUGUAACACCUUACGAUUUCAUUACUGGUAAUCUUAUUGAACCUAAUGAAAAAAGUUAUUGGAUCGGUAAUGAAAACACUGAAUUUUCCAAAAUUGAAAGAAUGGAAAUUGAUAUAAAUAAUUCAGAUUUGCCAACUAAAGCAAAUACUCCAUUUGAACCAGAUGUUACAUCUAAUAAAUUUCUAAUGUUUACACAUUCUUCAAUUGACCAUGAUGUUGCACAAACAACUCUACCUUAUAUUGACAAACAAACUGUUGCACCAUAUCCGGCUGCUCCAUUAUCAGGAGUGGGUAUUUAUUUCAAAGGUUUAAAAGGAUAUGCUGGUUUUAUUGGAGCAAAUGUAUUUACUUAUGAUUUCAGCAAAGAUAUUAAUUUUGAUUUGUUUAUAACCUCAAAAAAAUAGUCAUAAAUGUAUAUAUUUUGUAUAUAUUUAAUUGUGUCUUAUCCUAUAUUUACUAAUUUCAUGAUAAGUUUUUACCUAAAAUUGUGUUAGCCAUAAAAAAUAAAUUUUUAUAUUGUAUAAAAUAUUGUGCCAAAAUAAAAUUUAUUUUAAAUUGAAAUUAAUUAUUUGUGCAAAUUUUUUAGUAUGCAAGUUGUGAUAAUAUACACUUUUAUUUUUAAUAAGGUUCUUUAGUCUUUUAAUUUAACUUAUUGUAAGAUUGUACAGAUUAUUUAGUAAUUUUAUUACAUAUUUUGAUAAAUAUUUUUCAAUUUUUCUUUAUGUAUGUUACACUUGUCUGUGCUUCUUUUAUUCAUAAUCAAAUUUAUAAAUAAAUUGAGUUAAUUUGAA